AAGGCAGAACCCGGGACAAGAGGAAGUGAUAGAAUGUAACAGAGAGGAAAGAAAGAAAGAGACAGAGCAGAGGGAGAUAAAGAAAGGAGAUAGGGGAAGCAGGCAAGGGGUGCCAGGAUCUGUGUAAUUGGGCAGAGCAGGAGGUGGGCAGUGAGACUGGGAAUUAAAGGGUCAGGGUUAAUCACUGCUAUGCUGGAAUAGUUGAGGUGGGUGUGAGGGAGCGCAGGAAGAGAUCUGGGGUGGAGAGAAGGGUGGGGUGAGGGACAGAGAGAUUAGCUAAGAGCCAGGUGGCGGCAGAAAUCUGGGGGCUGAGAGAUAGAGGCGGCCACUGCCAGGGGAGGUGAGGGCAGAGGGUGGGGGGACAGGAGGUGACACACAUUCCUACCUGCAGGAGGCGGAAGCUGACACCUCAGCAUGAGUGAGACACCGGUUGUCACGGCUCGUGCCAAUGUCAUGGUAUAUGAUGAUGCCAGUAAAAAAUGGAUCUCUGCUGGGACUGGUGCCCAAGGACCAAGUCGUGUACAGAUCUUCCACAACCCAGUAUCGAAUUCCUACCGCAUCGUUGGACGGAAAAUGCAAGAUCAGCAGGUGGUUAUAAACUCCCCAAUAGUGAGAGGGUUGAAGUAUAACCAGGCUACUCCCAACUUUCACCAGUGGAGAGAUGCCCGGCAGGUGUGGGGUCUGAAUUUUGCCAGUAAAGAGGAGGCCGUGCUGUUUGCCGCAGGAGUAACUCAAGCGUUGGAGUCCCUGGAAACUGGUUCUAGUAAUUGGCCUUCCCAGAAUGGACCCAGGGUAGAAGAGCCCGAACAACCCCGGAGGUUGCAACCCGAUCCAGAACCAAAAGUUCAAAGUCCAGUUGCCCCAGUUACCCCAGCAGCUGGUCCACCAGCCCCACCUGGACCUCCUCCGCCUCCAGGCCCUCCACCUGCACCUUCAGCGGGUCCACCUGCACCUCCAGGAGGCCCACCUGCACCUCCAGGAGGCCCACCUGCACCUCCAGGGGCUGGUCCCCCACCACCACCACCCCUUCCAUCUGGAGGUGGUGGAGGAGGAGGUGGAGGCGGUGGUUUGGCCGCAGCCCUUGCGGCAGCCAAACUCAAGAAAGUAUCAAAGACAGAGGAUGCAGGAGGUACCUCUUCACCAAUAGGUGGAGGAUCAGCCAAACCAGACCUCAGCCGCACCAGCGGUGGAGCUUCAGGGGGGGGAGGUGGUGGGCUGAUGGAAGAAAUGAAUGCCAAGUUAGCACGCAGGUUGAAGAUGUCACAGCAAGUGGAUCGCCCUGCACCCACUGCCACGCAGGAUGAUAAUGACAUUCAGGGAGGGAGGAACCAAAACGAAUCUGCCCGUCGUCCCUGGGACAGAGGAAGCACCACAUUGCCAAGGAUGAAAUCCACAGUCGGUAGUACAGAAGUGGCCCCAAGUUCCAGUCCAGAGGACUCUGAUUCAAUGGAGAGGAUUAAACAGGAAUUGUUGGAGGAAAUGAGAAAAGAAUUGCAGAAAGUGAAAGAGGAAAUUAUUGAAGCAUUCACACUGGAGCUACGCAGACGGGGGACGCCAUGAACCAAGCAAGCUUCAUUCCAAUGUCUCAGGCUCUACCAAUUGUGCUCUACUGGGGGCCCAGCAAUCCUUCCUCUGCUGUGCGGGGGUCCCAUGAAAGGGAGGGUAGAUACCCCCCCCCCCCCCUCAACACAAUGCAAUGUCUAAAACACAUACAAUGCAUGCUCUACUAAUCGAAUUCUGUACAUGGCUAUACAAUUGUAUUCACACACUGCUCCUGUGCUAACCAUAGAUCUAUACACAUACAUACAUACCGACCCUGGCUCUACACUCACAUGCUGUACUACCAUUGGCUCUACCCAUACUGUAUCCUGUACUAACCAUGCGCAUACAUAUUCUAUUCAUGGUUAUACAUGUGCAUCCACUUGCACAAUAUGCUAUACUAACUAUGUCUAUACACCUACAUCCACACACCAUAUACUGUACUAAUCAAUGCUUUACAGUUCGUAACAACUCCCUGCCCAAUUCCAACUUCACCAUACACUCUGCCAUGUACCUCGAAACGUGUUAGCAGAGACUAAAAGCUUCAACCAAUAGGAUUAUUUUUAUGGCUUUUUUUUUUAUGGGAAAAAGCUAUUUUAUAAAUGCAAUACACUUUUUUUUUUGUAUAAAAUUUGUUGUAGUACCUAGCUACAAUAUAGUAUUGCUCUGAGGGUGAAUAAGUGGUGAUGGGGAUAGGAUUUUCUUUUUCAAUUUUGUUUAAAUUUUUUUAUUAAAAAAAACCAUAGAAUAGUGGGUCACACACUGGAUAAAGUGGAGGACAGUUUGGGGCCUUUCACUGCCCCACAGUGAUGCUACACUAAGCACAUGUAGCACCGAGAUGGGCAGCCAAUGGGAUAAGUGCUUUUAAAUAUUUUAUGCCAUUAUAUAUAUAUAUAUAUAUGUGGGACUUUUUUUGUAUCCUGUUUUCUAGAAAUAAAACCUGGCCUAUUGUA